AUGGGAGUAAGGGUUGAAGCGGGUGUCGGGCGGCGGGGCGCAUGGCGCGUGCGUGCGGCGGCGCCGCGCCCGUCUCGCGCGGAGCGGUCGGAGAGUGAGCGGCCAGUCAGUCGUGCCGCGCGGCGCCGCGCUCCAUCGCCGCCGAGCGCCGAGAGCGCUACAUCACGCGCCCCGCGCGCUACUAUGCGACUCGCGUGUCGCGCUCACUCGUGUUGUGGUGCUUUAUGA